UUUUCAGUAUGGCGGUGAGUUAGCCCAAAUGUGUUAGCUCAAGAAAGUUUGGAUCUUUAAAUCAGGAAUAUCAACCUUUUGACGUUAAUCCAGGCAGUUUUGGAGAACAGAACAUCACUUGUAAUACCAACCAUGCCAUCGGCUUGUGACCCAACCAUCGAUGACAUCGAGGACAUGGUGUCCGCACAAGACCCUACACCACACGAGCGUCAGUACGCCAGGAAAAGCAUCGUCCCACGCUCCCGGAGACGCAAGUUGGACCAGCAGACAACGGAAGAAUUGCAGACAGACAGCCUGAUCCCCGGCACGCAGAAGAUCUGGAUGCGGACAUGGGGCUGCUCACACAACAGCUCAGACGGGGAGUACAUGGCAGGCCAGCUGGCAGCCAGCGGCUACAAGAUGACAGAUGACCCUGCGGAGGCCGACCUGUGGCUGUUGAACAGCUGCACUGUAAAGAACCCUGCCGAGGACCACUUCAGGAACUCUAUCAAGAAAGCACAGGAGCAGGAUAAGAAGGUGGUGGUGGCAGGCUGUGUUCCUCAGGCUCAGCCCAGGAUGGACUACCUCAAAGGCCUCAGCAUCAUUGGGGUGCAGCAGAUUGACCGUGUAGUGGAGGUUGUGGAUGAGGCUGUCAAAGGUCACUCAGUACGUCUACUGGGUCAGAAGAAGGACAACGGGCGUCGUCUGGGCGGCGCACGGCUGGAUCUGCCCAAGAUCAGGAAGAACCCGCUCAUCGAGAUCAUCUCCAUCAACACAGGGUGUUUGAACGCCUGUACGUACUGCAAGACAAAGCACGCCCGUGGGGAUCUGGCCAGCUACCCUGUAGAGGAGCUGGUGGAGCGAGCCCGGCAGUCCUUCCAGGAGGGUGUGUGUGAGAUCUGGCUGACGAGUGAGGACACAGGCGCCUACGGCAGAGACAUUGGUACAGAUCUGCCCACCCUGCUGUGGAAGCUGGUGGAGGAGAUCCCGGCUGGUGCCAUGCUCAGGCUGGGCAUGACCAACCCUCCAUACAUCCUCGAACACCUGGAAGAGAUGGCUAAGAUCCUUGCUCACCCGCGUGUGUAUGCCUUCCUGCACGUGCCAGUCCAGUCUGCGUCUGACAGCGUCCUCAUGGACAUGAAGCGCGAGUACUGCGCCGACGACUUCAGACGCGUGGUGGACUUCCUCAAGGAGAGGGUCCCAGGCAUCACCAUCGCCACAGACAUCAUCUGCGGUUUUCCAGGCGAGACCGAGUCGGACUUCCAGGAGACGAUGGAGCUGGUGCAGACGUACCGCUUCCCGAGUCUCUUCAUCAAUCAGUUCUACCCGCGACCCGGAACGCCCGCCGCCAAGAUGGAGCAGGUCCCAGCGCAUGUGAAAAAGCAGAGAACCAAAGAGCUGUCGGCACUCUUCCACUCCUACAACCCCUAUGAUCAUAAGAUGGGCGAAAGACAGGAAGUGCUUGUGACGGAAGAGUCUUUUGAUGCUCAGUACUACGUAGCACACAACAAGUUCUACGAACAGGUGCUGGUGCCUAAGAACCCUGAGUUUAAAGGGAAAAUGGUGGAGGUGGAUAUCUAUGAGACUGGGAAGCACUACUUGAAGGGGCGGCUGGUGGUGGAGUCCCCCGUCUUCACUCCCUCCAUCACCCAGCCCCUGCAGCCCGGGGAGGUGUCCGGCCUCACACAGGAGCUGAAUGGCCUCCAGAAGUCCUCUUCCUCCUCCUCCUCCUCCUCCUGGGACUCUGAGCAGCUCAAGCUGCUGUCUGUGGUCUUCGCCAUCCUGGCCAUCCUCCUCGUCUUUAUCCUGGAGAAGAUUUACUGAUGCGCCCCAUGCUGGACACACACACACACACACACACACACACACACACACACACACACACACAUACUCUAAGGUGUGACAACUUGGUGAUUUCACUAGGCCACCUGUGUGUGUUUGUGUGUGUCUAUAGUGUGUAUGUGUUUGUGUAGUGUAAGUGAGUGUGAUUUGUGCGUGUGUGUGUACUGUAUGUGUGUAUAGGUACAUAUGUAUCUGUGUGUGCGAUGUGCAUGCAUGUGUUUGAUAGGUCAUAUAUUAAUGGCUUCCAUAUGGCUUAUGGAGAGGAAGAAAGCGUUUUCCUCUCUGGGUUAUCUAAGGAGCAGAUCACAGCGUCUUGACUCAGACUGUGACCGGGGAGGAACUGACUCGAGGAGAUCUGGCUCCUGCAUCAGCACCACGGCAGUUGGCUUGGUUUUAUAUGAACUGAGAGGACUCUUUGGUUUUAUGGAGAUACACGCACACGCUCUCUCAUGUAUUUAAAGAGGAGCUGAUUUUUUUUUUCCCCCUGCCGUGUUUUUAGUUUGUAGUUUUGAAUGGACGCUGUACGAGACCUCUGGACACAGGUCAUUACGGCUGCAGCGGUCAGUGGUGGUGAUACACCCUCCUUUAUCUCUGUUCACUGUGUAAAGCUCAAUAAACAGCAGCUCCAUACCAAC